UGAAGCGCCGAUGUCGAUUGCUCUGAACCCUGCAUUGCCGUACUGUGUCCGUAAGCCCAUAGCCCCACCAAGACGAGAAUAGUGACACGACUUCACGUCCUCGCCUCUUCCUGCUGCUGGUGCUGGUGCUGGUGAUAGCAGCAUGGCGAGGCAAGAUGGCGAGCUUGAUCCGCUUUGGCAGGACCUCGACUGGGCCAUUGGUCAGAUGCUAAUUAUGGGAUGGGAUGGCACCGAAGUAACGCCUCACAUUAGAAAUCUAAUCGAGAAUCAUCACCUUGGCUCAAUCCUUCUUACUGCUAAAAAUCUUAAAUCGGCUGAGCAGACUGCCGCCCUUGUCCAGGAAUUGCAAACCAUUGCCCAUCAGGCUGGACACCCGCAACCACUCUUGAUAGCGGUUGACCAAGAGAAUGGAGGCGUCAAUAGUCUAUUCGAUGAGGAUUAUAUAUGUCAGUUCCCCAGCGCCAUGGGGCUUGCUGCUGCCGGCAGCCCUGAUUUAGCAUACAAUGUAGCCAAAGCUACGGCGACCGAGAUAUCUGCCGUCGGUGUAAACCUCAUUCUCGGCCCAGUCUUGGACGUCUUAACUAACGCCCGUCAUCAACCCCUUGGAGUGCGGACUACGGGCGAUGACCCACAAGAGGCAUCGCAAUAUUGUAUCGCGACUAUCAAUGGCUAUAAGGACGCUGGUAUAGCCACGUGUGGCAAGCACUUUCCCUCAUAUGGCAAUCUUGAUUUUCUCGGCUCCAGCUUGGAUAUGCCUAUCAUCACUCAGACAUUGGAAGAACUUAGCCUCAGUGCCCUAGUUCCCUUCAGAAAUGCGGUCGCAGCUGGGCGCCUAGAUGCCAUGUUCAUCGGAGGUUGUGGAAUACAGAAUGCAGGCAUGAAUGUUACACAUGCCUGUCUCUCAGACCAGGUUGUUGAUGAUUUACUGAGGAAUGACCUGGGGUUCAAAGGCGUCGCCAUAUCAGAGUGCCUAGAGAUGCAAUCACUAAUCCAAGAAUAUGGUGUGAAAGGAGGCACUGUCAUGGCCGUCGAAGCAGGUAAUGACCUGAUCCUUCUCUGCCGGGCGCACGAUAUCCAGCUAGAAGCUAUAUCUGGCCUGCAAUUGGGCAUUGAGAAUGGCAUUAUCUCAAAGAAGAGGAUCUACACGUCCUUGCGGCGGGUUCUCAAAAUGAAAAGUGCUUGCACAUCGUGGGAAAAGGCGCUUAAUUCCCCAGGACUGUCUCUAUUGUCUAAGAUACACCCCUCGCAUCUCGCACUGUCACAUAAGGCCUAUGAUCAGUCGAUCACAAUAGUACGGGAUAAGGACAACCUUCUUCCCCUAUCAGAGAGCCUGCUUCAGGGAGAGGAACUGCUGUUAUUGACACCGCUCGUAAAGCCUUUACCUGCCUCGGCAGCUACAAAAAGCAUGAUGGAGAAAGGCAACGGAAAACUUACAACUUUGCAUGAGAAAUAUGCCCAUUUUGAACGCGGAACAAUCAUGACUGGGGAAGGUGUAUUCCGGGAAUUCGGCAAGUCAUUGGCACGUAUUCGCAAUGGCAAGCUCCUUCAUACUUCGUACACAGCCAACGGUCUCAGGCCAGUACAUGAAAAUCUCAUAAACAGAGCGUCUGCCAUUAUCAUAGUAACUGCCGACGCCAACCGCAACAUGUAUCAAAAUGGUUUCACGAAGCACGUAGCCAUGAUGUGCCAAAUGCUUCGCGGAACGGGACAGAAGAAGUCACUCAUUGUAGUAGCAGUUAGUUCACCAUAUGACUUCGCUAUGGAAAAACUAAUCGGCACUUAUGUCUGCACAUUUGACUUCACAGAAACAGCAAUGGCUUCACUUGUACGAGCUCUGUAUGGAGAAUUUGUUCCGCAAGGGUCGAUGCCAGGGACAAUGAGGAAGAACAAGAGGAUGACGAAGACAAGACAGCAGUGGCUUGUUGAGAACUACGAGCGAAGCCGGGACGAAAACGGCCUGGAUGAAUUACUCCGAACAUUGGCUAGAUCAAGCACGCCGAAUUUGCCGUACAUCGCUACGACUGCUGCCUCAUUCGAGCUCCAUGAUUCGAAUUUUGAGGAAUCCCACUUCGUUGUUCGAAACAGCAGCACAAGCAUGCUGUAUGGCUUCGUUGCGACUUACUUCAUUAAGAAUGUUGGUAUAAUCGGAGCAAUAUUCGUGGACCCCUCGAAACGGAACGUAUCGGUGGGGAGAUCCCUGCAUCGGCGAGCCAUGCGAUCAUUGUUACAAAAGUCAGGAAUCAAGAAAAUACAAUUGGGGCUUGCCUAUCCGGGCAUUUUCCCGGGCGUGCCAGUUGAUGAGAGUGGUAGUAUUAGGAGCUGGUUCGACAACAUCGGCUGGGAUACGCAGUUCCCUAAGCGACUGGCCAAUAUGGUGAUCGAAGAUCUUGGGUCUUGGUCUGCGCCGGAAGGUCUAUUGCAAAGCCUGCAGCGGGCUAAUAUCAGCUUCGACUUGAUUAGAUCGAUGGACAACAGCGAAUCCGUCCUGGCUCUCGUAGCGGCACAUUCGGGGCCCGAGAUUGUCGAGCUUUACCGGUCGGCUUUGCACGACCAGCACUGUGGUGUGGUUAGAGCUAAAGCCGCACUGGACAAUGUGCUGGGCGUUGUCAUCAUCUGCAGUAAAUCAAGUCGUCUAUCAGCAUAUAUGCCAUCCCUCCACGCUCAGGGGAACCAGGAGGUUGGCGGCAUUAUUGCCCCAGUUGUUCCCACUACGACCCAGUCGAGCUUGGUAAUGCAAGGGCUAGUCUUCGUGGGGUUGAGACAGAAUAAAUCACAAAAGUCGACAAAGAGCGUCCUGAGCUGGGUUCCGGGCGAGGCACAUGAGCUCUUUUCGGCCAUGGGGUUCGAGGUUCAACAGACAUUUGACGAGGUGGUGAACUCACCAGAACAUUGGCUUGACUUAAGUUAGAGCCAGCAACUAUUUGUUGUAAACGGCUCUUCGUACUGUGUAAAGACUCUAUCCAUCUGUGUCCAGUUUUGGGGACGACUUGCUACGACUUUACAUAAGAAAGUAUGGAGUGAACGAUUAUGCGACCAUGUUGUUCGAGUUUAUGACGAUUUUCCCAUGAAGCGAUGAGAGAGGGCAAAUGUGAUUUUCCAAUUACUUAGUUCAGAGACCGUUGUAUAAUUACUACGUAGGUUCACAAGUAGGCACUCUGUUUUGUCGGCUGCAGAUAGCAAAUCAGGAAACCGGAUGCAUUAUCGCUAUCUUGAUGUUG